CUGUUCACAAAAUGAUCGACGCGUAGGUUAGGUAUAAUUGAUCCUAUUGUAGUUGGAGUAUGUCCUAUUAUACACGAAAGCCUCAUGAGCGACAGCAGGUUUCGCGGAGGGGAAGAUGAUACAUCAGCUGAGCUUUGUCUUCAACGACAUUCUUGUUUCGGUCCUACAGUAGGGCAUUUUUCAUUAGUAUAAUAAGUGAGGCAGUUUAUAUGAUAACAUUCCGUUUUUCGUCUCACCAACGUAAAGCUGCAACGUAGCCUAGUAACGAGGCGAUACAUCUCUUGAAAAUGCUUCAGUCACUAGCUAGUAAUUCAUGUGUGCGUUUGAUACAGAGUCACAAAUCGAUGUGGUACUUUGUGUGUCUGGUUUUGGGCUAUCUCCUUUAUCUUAUAUUCGGCGCCGUCGUCUUCUCGUCGGUGGAGCUGCCAUAUGAAGACCUCCUGCGGCAGGAGCUGAGAGCUAUCAAAAAACAGUUCCUCCAGGAGAACGGCUGCCUCUCCGAGGAGCGGCUCGAGAGGUUUCUGAAGAAAGCCCUGGAGGCCAACACUUAUGGGGUUUCUAUCCUCAACAACGCCUCAGCCAACUGGAACUGGGAUUUCACCGCUUCGCUGUUUUUUGCCAGCACGGUGCUGUCCACCACAGGAUAUGGACACACAGCGCCCCUGUCAGACGGCGGUAAGGCCUUCUGCAUUAUUUACUCCGUGAUUGGAAUCCCCUUCACCCUCCUCUUCCUCACUGCGGUGGUGCAGCGGAUCAUGGUGUUCAGCACGCGGAGGCCCAUCGUGUACAUCCACACACGCUGGGGUUUCUCCAAACCACUGGUGGCCAUUGUUCACGCCACUGUGCUGGGCAUAUUGGCCGUCUCCUGCUUCUUUCUCAUCCCUUCCGCCAUCUUCUCGGCACUGGAGGAGAACUGGAACUUCCUGGAAUCCUUUUACUUCUGCUUCAUUUCUCUCAGCACCAUUGGCCUGGGUGACUACGUACCUGGAGAGGCCGCUAAUCAGAAAUUCAGAGAGCUUUACAAAGUGGGCACCACUGUCUACCUGCUCCUGGGUCUGAUAGUUAUGCUGGUGGUGCUGGAGACCUUCUACGAGCUGCAGCAACUGAAGCAGCUGAGGAAAAUGUUCUACCUGAAGAAGGAAAAGCCGCAGGACAACAUCAACAUUUUGGAGCACGAUCACCUGUCCUUCGCCAGCGUGUCUGACAAUACGGACAUUACCCCCACCCACACUGAAGACAAAACCCAGACAUUUGUUAGUGUCCCAGUAUUGGCGUCGCUCAACGACGAUCCUAUGAUCCAGUAAAUACAGUUAGAGUCACCACCUAUUAAUGUAAAAGUAUGGGGUAAGACAUGCAAUGCUAGAUGUAGAUAAAGUGAGUUCAUCACCAUCUCAGCUGUAGUUAUUUUAGCCCAGAAACACUGAAGUGUUUAAGACUACUCAUCAAGUAAACAGUAUCCUUAAGUGACCAGCUAUACAGACAAUAGUGUGUUGGCCAGCAGAGACUGAAAAUCUGUAAAUUAAUAGGGGUUAAUUUAUAUUUAACAGCAGUUAUAAAUACAAAAUGAUAAAGAAUAAAUCCUCUGCUGUAUUUAUGACUGAGAAGCAAAGCACCUUUAAAAGCUGCAUUAUUUAUUUCACAUUUAGGAAUAUUUUAUGAAGUCAUUUGUCUUUUCAACCUAGAGAAAAUACAAGACUAUUCUCUAUCAAAAAAUAGGGCAUAAAUAGGGCAUAAAUAUGGACAUAUGUUCUUAAUAGAAAUAUAGGAAAUAUACUUGGAGUGAAUAUAAUCCUAUCAUUGUUUUAAACAUAGUGUCCAUUAGCUGUUUGAACUGACACCCCUGGUAAAGAGGAACCAAAGUGUAACCAAGACAAAUAUCAGAGUACUGAACAAGCGUUGGUGUUAAUGGUGAUGUGUUAGAACAGCUAUUUGAUAUCACCAUUAUUACGUAUUUUUCCUCUUCGUCUGGAAGCGAUAGAGAGCAGCACAAUUGAAGGUGGAUAGAGAGCUAUGCAGCAAAGGGACCUGGGUGGAAUUAAAUUUGGGCUGCUGCAUCAAGGACUCAGGCAAUGACAAAGUCAGGGAGAUGCAAAGAGGAGUCACGUGACAUCUCUGUUUGGCAGAUGCUUUUUUUAUUGCAAAUGGUACACGGUAAUGACUUUUUUACUGGCCCACUUCAACAGUGCUUCAUUUUGUUCAGUACUCAGUUGUCACCUAUAGAUUUUUUCUUAGGAAUAACUAAGGCUGUUUUAUGGUCCGUGCCUCUUUGGGCUGAUCUGGGUUUCACAAUCCAUUAAUAGACAAGAUCCGGUUUACAAAGACACGGUCUGUCUGCUCGUUAAUAAAAGGAAAAAAGAGGCUUAAAAUCACAAAGUUUGUUAAAGAAGCAGCUGCACGUAACAGUAUAGAUUUUACAGUCAACUAUUUGUAGCAUUUUAGGGUUCUCUUUAAAGGGGGUGUGGGAACUACUGGAGACUGACAUGUUGAACUUUACUGAUAUCAAAAGAGCUUUGUUACCACAUGGAUGGCUCCUAAAUGACAGCCAGGAAGUACGCAGAUACAUAUCAGUAGGAAUAUCUCAAGGAGGAAAUGAUAAUUUAAUCUGGAGAAAUACUUGAGAUCAUUUUAGCUGCAAAGGCUUUUGUUAUGUUUUACCUGCAGAAUGCUGGGAAUUGCUGGGAGCUUUCAAAAAGAGGAAACUGUUUUUGCAGAAUUGAAUGUUAUAGUGUAUAUUUUUAAAUAUGAAAUGAGGAAAGUUUACAAAAUUUCAUGGAAUGAAAGUAAAAUUACUUGAAAUGGUACCUUAUAGAACUUGAAAUGAUAAAUUCAAACACCAGUGCUGCUCAAACAGCUCUAAUUAUUCACUCUAACUGCUUUAAAGAAAGAAAUUCUUUAAUGGUUUGAUAUCCAUGUACACAUUCAAGAAAAACAUACACUCCUUUGUAAUAUGGAUGGUAUAUCUAUAACCUUCUACAACCACACAGUGUUACAUAAUUUAACUUAUAUGAUGGUAUAUAUGACACAUAAAACCUCAGAGCUUUCAAAUCUGACCUGAUGCGAUGUACAAAACCCUUUAAGGUUUUAAUUGUUAUCCAGUUUUUUAUUCAGUUUCAUUCUUUUUUAUGUGUCAGACAGAAUUGGCCCACAUAGGUAAUGACAAAGCAUUGCUUCAGUCCUGUUAUUCAUGUUUAAAGCUGCAUUUCUCCCCUGUGGCAUCAGGAUGUUGUCUGGUAAACUUCUUUCUUUGUUUCCAGUUAAAACAGAUGAACAGAGGCAGCAAGCGGGCUUGUGAUAACAUUUCAGCCGAACAAUGUAUAAAUGUUGUUAAUACUUGUUUCAGGUUUCAGUUGGUUUAGCCUUAACUAAUGUGUUAAUCAACAUCAUUAUACUUCGGAUAUUAAAACGUGUCUUUAAAAAGGGUUAGAAAUGUAAAUUACUUUUCUUGAGCUCCAUUGUAUUUCAUUUGUGGAGCAGCAGUAGAUUCUUUUACCAUUUUUUGAACCAAUGUUGGCCUUCAUGUAUAACUGUGAAACAUUCAUUUUUUUCAUAUUCUUGCUGAAAAAAAGGACAUUUCUUUAUAGUCUUUUACUAUAAAAUGUUUCACCAUUUUGUACAUAUUCUCAAUAGAUGGAUGUCGAGCUAAGCUUUGAUCUUGCAUCAUUCAUGUAGUUGGUUUUGAAAGUGAAAGCUUACAGAUGUUCUUAGUUCUUGUAAAUUCAGGGAGUAAAUGUUGUGUAAGGGUAAGAAACAUCGUAGUAUUGUUUAUUCAUACUGAGAAAAAUGUUUUUUUUUAAUCUAUUUAUUGUAUUUUUCAGUUGAUGUGGUGGAUAUUAUAGAUUAAUUUGUAUAGUCUAGUAGUUCUUUGUUACAAUAACAGUAUUGUAAUACAUGAAUGUCACUGGCUAGUAAUGCUUUACCUGGAAAGGGUUUCAGCAUAAAACAAUACAACAUAUUAAGAAUAAUAUGUCUGAAAUAAAGAGUCGAUUAAUCC